UUCAUCCCCGAUAAUGUGAUCAUACUCAUACUCAGAAACUCACUUACCACCUCAACGUCCCCCAUCCCAUCCCCAUCCACCCGACCCCGACCCUGACUUCGUCGAAUACGCCGGAGUUUACGAUCGCCAGGUUCAAAUCCGCUUCGACGCGGUUAUAUUCGACCGCCCGGGCUGGGCCUUGGGAGAGGUUGGGGGUCGGGUUGGGAGGGGUUGUUAUGUGGGAUGAUAUCGGGUGGACUUUGAAGUGGAUGGGUAUCUAUCUGAUCUUGAUGCUCACAUCCACCUUUCUCCCGUUCAUCAUCGGCGUUCUUCUAUAUACCCUCCUCAAACCGAGGUUCUCGCCCGAGUCCGCUCAACAAUUGCAAGAACGGCUCUUGGCGGGUGUCAAGAAGCAAGAAGAGAUCGAGCGGGCGAAGCAGGAAAAGGCUGAUAAGAAGAAGAACAAGAACGCGGACAAGAAGGGCAAGCCAGCGGGGAAGGGGUUCUUCAAGACGACCUUUACGAAAGAAUCGUCCGAUUCGGAUUCUGAUACUAGUUCCGACUCGGAUGAUGACAAUGUCGACUUGUUGGACAAGACCCGGGACGUCUCGGAAAAGAUCAACCAGGCUACCUCUCAGGCUGCUUCUCGGUUGAAGAAGAAGGGCAAAGCUAAGCUCAAAGACCAUGCGGGAAAGACGUCGACGGGGAGUAAAGUCAAGUUGUUCAGCGCUUGGGAGACGUUUCAGAGGGAACAUGGAGCGCAGAUCCAGUUGGUCCUGAACGAUCUGGCGGAUAUGCACGAGAAGAUCAUGAACUUGUUCGCUUGGAAACGACCGGAAGCGUCCGUCAAGGCUGCUGUCGGCAUGGUCGUCGGCAUGUUCGCGACUUACUUUACGCCGACGUGGAUCUUUGUCAAGGUCAUCGAGCUGGCCAUCUUCGCGGUCAUGUUCUUUGUCAUCCCGAUCGUCGCCCGAUUACCGGUUUAUGAUCCCAUGGCGUGGAUGAUGGGAGAUGCUCCUACUGACGCCGAGCACGCCCUCGACCUAAUUCGCAAGUACGGCCUCGAGGGUAAAGUAUGGAAGGAAGCCGAAAAGCAAAAGGCGCCUAAGAACAUCCCUGCGCAGACACACACGCGGGGGGACAGUACCAGUACGAAUAUCACUACCAACCCUGAUACCGCUGUGACAGACGAGACGAGCUCGAUAAUUUCCGAGGUCAAAGCGGAAUCUGCUGGUCGCUGGACGGAUGUCAACGAGCAAGACCUGGGUACCGUCAGCAAGGGUCACAAGUGGCUAGAGACGGGUAGGCAGUAUAUGCAAGGGGAACGGUCGCUGGACUUGUCGUUCUUGCGGAACGAGAAGGACUGGGAUGCAGUUCCAACUGACGUCGUUGCAGCUAAACGUAUGUCUCUGGGUGGUAUCGGCGGCGGAAUCGUCCUCCGCACCAAGAGCCGUGAUACCGCCUAUACGACCGAUAGCAUGACGUACUUGUCUCAUCAUAACGGUAACCCGGGAACCCUGUUCAUAUCCUCUACCGGUAUUCGAUUCGCUCCAUUCAUCUCUGGCAAGAAAAAGGACAAGACCAAGGAGAUUCCCGCCGAUCAAGUACCUAUUCAGAUCGAUUCCGACCCCAAUACCGCAAUCGUGCCUGCCCCGGAGGCUACUGUAGCCAUCGAGCCGGACCAGGAUGGGGUCAUCGUCGACGGCAAAGAGGUCAGGAUCCCGAUGGACGAGGUCUCGGGGUUGGGCAAGAUACAGAAGUCGACGCUUGGGGUUACGAUAUCGUCCGGGUUAGAGAUCGAGACUUUGUCAGCUGGGAAGUUUACUUUCCCCUUUGUCGCCAACCGAGACGAGGCCUUCAACAAAUUGUUGGCAUCCUCUCAUUCUGGUAUCAAACGAGGCUAAGCCCAAACCACGCAACUCCACGCGAAUCAAGGUGUUUCAGGAAAGGCAAAGAAUGAACGCUAGGAUAGGCUGCAUCAUUGUACUCGAGUACAAUGCGCAAGGGUGCAAGGAAUAGGUAGGUAAGAUACGGCACAUGCAAUCCUCUCUCUCUGUAUUUUGGUGAUCAAACCAGGCGACGCAAUUCCCAUGAACUCAUGACCAGAG